AUGUUACCGAAUCGUUUAUCGUUUCUAUUGUCAUCGUACGCAAAGAAAACAUGUUUAUUUAAUUCUAUUCGUACAAUUAAACAAUCGACUGAUAAAAACAAAAAUAGAUCAACAUCUGAACAAACAUUAGACAAUCAGAAGUACUCCAAAAGACGAGUAUCUCUACCACCGUCACCAACAACAACCAAAAUGGACAUGUUCAAUGAUAUUCUAGAGUCAUUUACAAAAUCGUCAUCAGAAAAGUCGUCAUCACAAUCUUCAUCACCAUUGUCUUCUCAUGAUUCAUCAUCGACUAGUUCUGAACCACAAACAUUUGCCAAAUUGUUUCGUAACUCAGAAUUUGUUCAGUUGGGUGGUAUUAAAGGACGAUUGUUAACAGGACGAAUAUUUGAUGUUGUAGAUGAUGAUUUAUAUAUUGAUUUUGGUGGAAAAUUUCAUUGUGUAUGUCAAAGACCUCAGUCAAAAAAUCGUGAUCAAUUUAUUACUGGAGCACUUGUUAGUAUUAAACUGAAUGAUUUUGAAAUGGCAUCAAGAUUUUUGGGUGCCAAAAAACAUAUUUCACUGUUAGAAGCGGAUGCACAACUAAUAGCGAUAAUACGAAAACCACAUUCAGCACAUCAGACAAGAGAACGCGAUAGAGACGAACGUGCGCAACAACAACAACAGCAACUGGAUUUUUAA